AUGCAGAGGACUCCACGACAAGGUACACUAGUGGCAAACAAGGACAAGGGCCAAACCUGGUCCAACAUGGUUAGUUCCUCGUCCUCUUUGCCCACUCGCCGUCCAUCUCAAGUGGCUGAUCUCGAGAUUCGCAUUGCUGCGGCUGAGAAGUUCAACCAACAGAUUUUGCACGACAUUGCCGACUUAAAAGAGGAGUUCCAGCUAAGUAAGAGCAGGUUUGCUGCUUAUCCAUCGAGAGGGACUCUCAGCGAUGGUUUGGAUUCUGGCGCUUCUCUAAUUCAGACACCGCCUCAACAACGAAGCAAAUCACGUGCUGCAAACCCAUCAUCUAUCAGUGAUCUGCUGGGUAAAACCAACACAGAUCAGGCGCUUCAAAAGCUCUCUGCCGACCUUCAGACCGUCAGCUCGCGUUGCGGAAGUCAGGCACUGGAUAUUCAGAACCUCUAUCAAGAGCUGAAAAAUUUUGACUCAAAAAUGGAGAACACUUUGCGCAAUGAGCUACGCUGCCUUCAGGCUGAAAUUUCGGCAAAUAUUGCGCGCUCGAAGAGCACCUCCACCAACAAGAGCACCGUUCCCAGUGUUAGAGGCAGCAGUUCCAUAGACAGGGCCGUGCAGUGUCUAGAAGCUGCUGUGGCACAAAUAGAGAGGAAAAUGGAACAGAUUCAAAGUGAUCGACUGCGAUUUGAAAAUACUGUCCAAAACAGUCUUCUAGAUCAAACUACCCGGUCGUCUGAGAGUGACAAAAGCACAAAGGAAGCGAUGGUGGAACUGCGGUCCAUGCUCAAAAGCAAUGCCCAGGAAAUUAUCUCCAGCAAACAGAAUGUGCGUUCAGAACUGGAGGAGUUGUCGAACCAACUUAACCACCGAGUUACAGGUGCCCUCGAAAAGUUGCAAGAUGAGCUUAACAACUCCCGCACGGACUUAGAAGCGGCGCUGGGUCGAUUCAGCCUCGCAAAUUCAGCCUAUGAGUCCAGACUGGUAGAGGUUGAAAGCGGGCUCAAAAAGCUGGCCAAAGAGCUCCCUGACGACCUUAAUGAACUUCGAGAGGAUCAUCAGGCACAUCAGAAGAAACUACUCAACUCCCUGGCACAACUAGAUCUCGCUGUUGAAGUGCUAGAGCAAGGCCUGUCAGAUGAGAAGGAACAGUUGAAAGGUGUCGUUGCUGCAGAAAUCAAAGCCAGGACCUCAAACAUCUUCACAAUACAGACCAAAUUACAGGAGCUGGAGGAAAGUACCAAGGAGGCGGCGCUGAAACUCAACUCGUCGGUGGGUGAAAUUCAAGAGAGGUUGGAUCAACUAACCAGUCAGAAACAGGGCUCGGUCCAAGGUCAAAUUCCUCCAGGUGGAAGUGCAAACAUAUCGGCGAAGCUUAAGGAUUUGGAAAAAGAAGUAGCUGAUCUCCAAGCCGACGGUCAACGCGAUUCUGAGGAAUUUCAAAAAAGCCUUAAAAACAUUGCAGAAGCCGUUCAAGCAGUCAAGGUUGGACUUCUCGCCAAAAUGGAAAAGCUGGAAUACGAGGCCUCCAAGAAGUGUCCUCUGGUAUUGACAGCUGGAGAUUACGAACGUAGCAGCCAUUCCGCUUACUGUCUCUGGUUUGAGCCGUGCUACUUGUCCAAGGAAAUCCGUGACAAUGGACGUGAGGGCAAGUAUCAGCCGGUGAUCGUGGCCACGAGCGGAAGUGAAUGGAAUCUUGCUAUUUUCCUCAAUCUCAUUUAG